AUGGAUAUAGUUAUUUUAAAUAAGAUAGUCUCAUUUAUAAUAAUAAUGUUUAUUGGUGCUAUUGGGACAUAUAUUCCAAUAUAUUUGGGAAAUUUGAAUCCUAUAUUAUUACAAUAUAUAAAUGUAUUUUCUGGAGGGACAUUAGUUACAUUAGUACUCUGUCAUCUAGUUCCUGAAGCAGAAAGAUUAUCUCAACUGAUAAAUUUAAGAUGUUAUAUAAUAGGUACAGAAAUACCAAUUGUAUCUUAUUUAACUCUUUUUGGUUUAACAUUAAUACUAUUUUUUGAGAAAGCCCUAUUUUCAUCAAAGACAGUUGCUCAAUUUCAUAUGCAUGAUCAUUCAUUUCCGCAUAGAAGAGAUCAUCAUCAUCAUCAUCAUCAAGAUCCCGGUUGUAGAGGAUCAAUUAAUGAAUCAUUAUCAAAUGAAGUAACUUCUUCAUGUGAAACAAUGACAUUAAAUAUACCACAAUCUAAUAUAUCAGGAGUAAAUAUUAUUACUCCUUUAAUACCUCAAAUAUCAUAUACAUCAACUUCAAAUUUAUAUUUUUUAGUUUCUGCACUAUCUGUUCAUUCUGUAUUUGAAGGUAUAUUAGUUGGAAUUUCAAAAUCUGUUGCCUCAGUAAUAAUGACAACUUUUAUUAUUAUAACUCAUAAAUGGAUAGAAGGUAUUGCUGUUGCAGCAGGAAUAAAUAAACAUUCCGAAAUAUCAAAAACUACUGCAAGACAAUUAUUAGCUUCAUUUGUACUUAUGUCACCUUUAGGUAUAAUAUUGGGACAAAUAUUUUCAUUAUUAAAUAGCCCCUUAUUAAUUGUUAUUCUAAUUUGUAUAUCAUCUGGAGCUCUAUUAUAUGUUGCACUUGCAGAAAUGGUUAUUGAUGAAUUUAGCUGUGGUGAAAAUAGAAAACAAAAAUUUUUUGUUUUUAUUUUAGGAAUUAUAUUAGUUUCAAUUAUUAAUAUUAUACAACAUAAAUUUGGAGGAUGUAAUUAUCAAGAUUACAGCAAUAUUGGUGAUUUACAUAUAACUCAUUAUAAUCAUAAUCAUCAUUAA